GCUGGCGAGAUUAACUUGUCAGACUCUUUAUAAGAGCUAUGUGCGGGAAGAAGUGGCAGGCGACCUAGUAGUACGCAUAGAUAUAUAGGAUAGAUGGUAGAGGCGAGACAAACCAGAUGCAUUGACUACUACGGCGUCACGUUCGAUCACCCCGUACCCGAGGACGAUUCCGAUCUGGAAGUGCUAAUGAUCAUCAUUGAAACGGUGGGCGAUGGAAGAGAAUACGCGAACAAGUAUCUGCCAUUUAUUGCUGAUCCAGAGAAAUACGCGGGGAAGAUGGUGCUGGUGGUGCCACGAUGCUGUUAGAAGAGGAAGGGGACGACCAGUCGUGGGAGAGUGAAUGAUGCAGUACUUGACAGAAGAUCGCGUCUUGAGAUUCCGUAAGAUUGACUCCGGCGAUAAUAU